AUGAAGCGCUCAGUAGACUCAAAGCCGAUCGCCUCGACCUCCAGCUUCCGUGCUGUCAAUGCAGGAUCAGGCAGCACGGUGCUCAAGGAGGGUGACGCCGCAGAUGAGAUGGAGGUCAUCAUGCUAGGAGCCGGGCAAGAAGUGGGCAGGUCAUGCUGUGUGAUCAAGUACAAGGGCGUGACGCUGGUCUGUGAUGCGGGCGUCCAUCCAGCCUACUCGGGCAUGCCUGCGCUACCGUUCAUCGACGAGCUCGACUGGGACACCGUCGACGCUAUCCUCGUCACUCACUUCCAUCUCGACCAUGCAGCCGGACUUCCCUACAUCAUGGAGAAGACCAACUUCAAGGACGGCGGAGGCAGGGUCUACAUGACUCAUGCUACCAAGGAUGUGUACGAGCUCCUUAUGCAAGACUUUGUCCGUAUCAGCAUCAUCGAAGGUACCGACACGAGUCAGCGCAUCAUGGACGCCGAGAACCUUGAGGCCUCUCUGGAGACGAUUCAAGGCAUACGGUUCUAUGAAGAAGUGACGAUACCCAUCUCGAGCAAGCGUUCGACGACUUCAGUCAGGUUCACUUCCUAUCCAGCCGGUCAUGUCCUGGGCGCCUCUAUGUUUCUCAUAGAGAUCGGGGGCGCCCGUGUACUCUACACGGGCGAUUACUCGACAGAGGCCGAUAUGCACCUCAUACCGGCCUCUGUGCCCACCUGGGGAGGCAAGCGACCGGAUGUGAUGAUCUGCGAGUCAACUUUCGGCGUCCAGUCAUUCGAGCCAAAGGCAAUCAGAGAGGCGCAAUUCACCAAUAAAAUCAAAACGAUCCUGAAGCGUGGCGGCAAGGUCCUUCUGCCAGCCUUCUCUUCUGGGGUGUCGCAGGAGCUUCUCCUCGUGCUUGACGACUUUUGGGAGAAGAAUCCGGACCUUCACGAGUUUCCGAUCUACUACGUCACAUCACUCGCAUCGCGCGUGCUCAAGGUCUACCGGCAGCACAUCUCCUCUCAAUCUCAGAAGAUCCAACAGCGCGCUGCGAGUGGAGACAAUCCUUACGAUUUUGGAAAAGGCAGGUUUGUCAAAGAGUUGCGGUCUAUUAGGCGUGGGGUGGCCGACAAGAGCCCCUGUGUCGUUGUCGCCACACCCGGCAUGCUUCAGCCCGGCACGAGCAGAGAGCUGCUUGAGCGGUGGGCGGGCGACCGUCGCAAUGGUCUCAUCCUCUGCGGCUACUCCGUCGAGGGCUCGCUCGCGAGGGACUUACAAGCCGAGCCCGACGAGUUCAUGAGUGUAGAGGGACGCCGGAUCCCUCGUCGUAUCAGCGUGGACGUCAUCAGCUUCGCCCAACAUGUCGAUUUCAGCCAGAACGCAUCGUUUAUAGACGCCGUGAGGCCGGCCAAUCUUAUCCUCGUACACGGCGAAGCACGCAAUGUGACGACCUUACAGGCAGCUCUACAGAAGAUCUAUGCAGACAAGAAGGAUGAGAUGAAAGUCUAUGCCCCGCGCAACUUGCAGCCGAUCAAGAUCAGGAUAGCGCGCAACCAGGUCGCUCGGGCUGUCGGGGGCCUAGCAAAGGAGCAUCUGCCAGAUGGUGCGCCCGUCGGCGGGUUGCUGUUCGUCAAAGACGCGCAAUACACGCUGCUCGAUCCUAAGGAUCUCAAGGAGUUCACCGGACUUUCGACAAGCACUAUCGCACAGAAGCAACGAAUACAACUUGACGUCGGCUGGGAUCUCAUCCACUGGCAUCUCGAGGGCAUGUACGGCAGCGUUGAGACUGGUGUCGAUCCAGACGGGCUCGCCACUUUCAGAGUCAUGAAAUCCGUCGACUUGAAGCAUGUGCAGAAGAACGAGUACUGUCUUGAAUGGGGCAGCGGCGUAACGAACGAUAUGGUGGCAGAUUCUCUACUGGCGCUUUUGCUGGGCAUCAGUAAAAGUCCGGCCUCAGUCAAAGUCAGCCACAAAGAGCAUCGGCAUGAACACGCAGAAGCGGAUCCAAGCAGUCUUGACGAGCAAGGCUUGCCGCCCCGACUAGCCAGACUGAUAGCGUUCCUCGAUACGCAUUUUGGCGGCAUCGAGUUGCUUACUGCCUCGCAGGCAGCAGAAGCACACCGAGCGAAACUGGAAGCUCAGCAAACGAAGCUCGAUGCUCUCUCGGUCGGUGAUGUCAAGCCAGACCUGACAGCACAAGCACGAAUGCACGCGGAUUCGAGAGCGAUAGAUCAGCCGGCGAUCAAGGUCGAGACUGACGCAGGCUCAACGGCCGAUGUCACCUCAGCACACCCAGUACGUGACGAGCUCGACGAAGAGCCUGAUGCGCCCGUGUUGAGAGUGCGCCUCGAUGACCAUAUCGCCGACGUAAACCUGCUCACAAUGCGAGUCGACUGCGACUAUCCGGCAUUUCAGAAACGAGUCGAGAAUGUCGUGUCUCUCGCGGUACAGCUUGUGACUCCACUCAGCGAGGCUAGAUCGGUCAGGAAGAAUGUUCUGGGGGGUCACACUCGCCUAGACAAGUUAUCGAGGCCAUCGUACAUAGUCUCGGAGACUGCGCUGCCUACGGGUACCACGACGGCGAGCGGUGUAGCUCAGUCUAACCCGCUACUGGCCUUUGAGCCGCCAUUUGUGUAUUCACUGCCGAUCCAGCUGCUCGUGGCAGGAUGCACGCUCACGCUGCUCACGGUGCUGAUGUGCCAUCUCUUGUUCACUGUGAGAUACCAUCUGCCUCUCAAUCGGCUCAACUAUGCGCUGCAACUACAAGCCACUGCGAUCUCCAUCAUCGCCAACUCUGUGUACAUCGGCCUCGUCAUGGGCGAGCUCAGGGGCCGCAGCAGGCAGUGGCCGUACAUGUUUGAAUAUGUCGAGAUCUUUGUACCCGAUGUGCACUGGUCGAACGCCAGAAAGGCGGCGUGGCAGGCCCUCGUCGCUAUCACGACACUGUCUGCGCAUGCGACCCACAUCCAGUUCCUCACGCUUCUCUUCCCCUCACGCCUCGAGUUCAAGCUCAUCGUCCUCUUUCUCGGACCGCUCGCGCUUGCAGCAGCAGGACUUGCUUUCACCAUGCUCAUCUCGAGCGAUCAGUAUUCCGACCUCGGCGAGGCCAUGCAGGCGGUCUGCAACUCCACUCUCACUCUCCUCUAUACGAUCGCCCUCCUCAUCUGGGGCCUCUUCAUCAAUCGCAAACGCGCUUGGCGUACCGAAGGUGGAACAGCCGGCUUCGGCGCAGUCUCUGUCACUCUGGCCCUCAUCGGCACGGCUGUCAACUUUGUCGAGGUGAAGGAAGACGCGCUACUUUGGCUGCCCCAAGUUGUCGUCUGCAUCUUGCUUUGGCAGUCCUGGGUAUCCUUCUGGUGGUGGGUAGGAGCAGGCAUGUACGCUGGCGAAGUAGCGGACAGAGAGCAGCGCAAGCAACGCCGGGAGCGUCGGAAAGCGCGACGCGAGCAAAAGCUGCAUGACAGGGACGAGAGCACACCUCUCACUACGAGGCUCGGCAGAGCCAUUUCUGCACAGACCGACCAUGCCACCUCACGGUUACGUUUGCGCCGCUUUCGCACUGCUGAUUCGAUGCGGCCUGCUACUAUCGUCGCCGAGCCUGGGCCGUCCAUCGAGCUGCAGGAUCUUGCACAGCCUGGUCUGCCAGACGAGUCAGGCGAAUCGUCUGGCAGCAACCCAUCGACGAGCGUUCACCCCGUCGUUGCCUUCAUCACCAGGCCCAAGAUCAUCGCAAGCACGCUCAACAGGCUACGAUCUGCUCACGAGACAGCAGCGAAAGACCGCGCUCUGCAGACCACGCCACACCAAUCCGUCGGCCUUCGCGGCGUCAUCACUCGUGGUCUAGCGGACAUGCAUGGCACUCGAGUCGAUACUCAUCAGUCCACUGGUCAGGAUACCCUGCAGGACUUUCCGACCGCAACAACGAGCGCCAUCCGCCAGGAGGAGCUGGCCGCCGUCAUGAGUCUCACGCCAGACGACACGAACGGCAAUCAGAGCGACUGGGAAGACCUGCAGCCCACUUCCCCGCUCAAUGCAGAGAUCGGCCGAGUAGAUCGGCGUGCCGACCCGCACUAUGUCGUCCAUCGUCCGUCGGCCGAUGUCACCACUGGCUGGGCUUGGCUGGGCCCUUUGCGGUCUUGGCGGCUCAAGGACAGAACAGUCUACUCUUGA